GGUUCAGAGACAGUGCAGGCGGCCGAGGGGGCGGACCGGCGAGAGGAAACUUGACAGAGAACAACAGCAGUCACUCCGCUGACCUCCACAAAACUGUUGUUAAUCAUCAGCGUUGAUAUUUCUGAAGACAGUCAACUGUGCUCGAAUACAAACGCGCUAGGGGGAGCGGCGGAGGAGCGCCCGGCGAAGGAAUAACGUUAGCAGGAAAACGGAGAGAGAAAAGUGAGGUGAAGGCACGUUUGAGGAGAAGAAGAAGAGGAGAAGGCGGGUAGCGACAAGUAAACGGACUCAGCCACAGAUAGGACACAGCCACAGGUAGACACACGUUAGCUGUCGUGGCAAGAAGAAUCAAAGUGCAGGCGGGUCAUGCGGAUUUCUCCGGUCGCUGCUCGGAGCGCCGCGUCGAAGCAGUAAAAGGUGGGGUGAGAGGAGAAGAAGAAGAAAACAGAAGAACCAGACCGCUUCUCUGCCGCUCCGUCAGUCCGUCCAAAGCGGGCUCCCGACCAGAGGGGAAGAGCCACCAUGUCCCGGAGAAAACAGAGCAAACCCCGGCAGAUAAAACGUUCCCUUGGGGAUCUUGACGGUGUCGAGGACAACACCCUCGACAACCUCAGCCUAUCAGGGGAGGAGGGCGGAGUCUCGGACCCAGAUGAUUCAGUAGAGGGUGACAGCUCCAGCCCCCCGCCGUACACACCACUGUACAAUGAAGAGCCCAAGACACAGGACUCUCGAGGAGGCACCAAUAACGAAGACGAGGACGGGGAAGAGCGAGGUCCAACACACAGCGGUGGGGAGGAGGAAGAUGAUGGGGAGGAAGAGGAGGACGUGUUACAGUGGAGGGGUCCAGAUGACCUGGAGUUAAGUGACGAAGGCAGCGACAGCAGGGUGGUGGCCGGCAGAGACCUCCACCCAGACACAACGUGGGGACCUUACCCAGGAAUCCUCCAAUCAGAGGGCAGCACAGAUGAUCAGGAGACAGAGAACUCUAAGUUGACUCUUGUGUGUGAAGAUCCGAACUGUUGGAUUAGUCGACUCCCUCUGACCUCUGACCCCUCAGCUGCCAACUGUACCAUCUACAGCCAAGGUGCUGAGUUGUUCUGUAAGGUGACCGGAGAGCUUGCAGCUGGUGAAAGGCUCUUGGCCUCCCUGUCACCUCCUCCAGGCUCCUCCUCCUCCCCGCGGGCCCAGCUCUCUCCUCCGCUCAGCCUCGUCACCCAGAAACAGCCUGCGGUGAAGGAGGAGCCUCCGUACCCGGCAGCGUUGCGCUCAGACAUUCAGCUCCUCCCACAGCAAGCUGGCAUGGCCGCCAUCUUGGCUACUGCUGUGGUCAAUAAGGACAUUUUCCCCUGCAAGGACUGUGGGAUCUGGUACCGCAGUGAGAGGAACCUGCAGGCCCACCUCAUGUACUACUGCGCCAGCCGUCAGAAGCAGCCGGCCGCAGCCUCGUCCCCACCGCAGGACAAACCCAAGGAGUCCUACCCCAAUGAGCGCAUCUGCCCCUUCCCGCAGUGCAACAAGAGCUGCCCCAGCGCCAGCUCUCUAGAGAUCCACAUGCGCACACACAGUGGUGAACGUCCAUUUGUCUGUCUCAUCUGUCUGUCCGCCUUCACCACUAAAGCAAACUGUGAGCGCCACCUAAAGGUCCACACGGACACACUGAACGGCUUGUGUCACGGCUGUGGCUUCGUCUCCACCACCAGGGACAUCCUCUACAGCCAUCUGGUCACUAGCCACAUGGUUUGCCAGCCCGGCUCUCGCAGUGAGGUCUACUCCCCGGGGCCCGGGCUUCCCAAGCUGCCCCUGUCCACUGGUCUCAGUCCAGGAGACUCCGGUGUGGUGCUGAAGUGUCAAGUGUGCGGUCACAACUCGGACUCCCCUGCCCAGCUUCAGCAGCACGUACGAACCCACCUGGAGGUCAGGGUCCCAGCCGAAAGGAGCUCCACCCCCCGUCAAAUGACCCCAUCGUUAGUUGACGGUCCCCAGCUCCAGCUCUCUCCGCACGAGAGGGAGCCCCUCGCCUGUGUCCCGAAGCCAGACUCGUCCAGCCCGGGCGCAAACGGCGGCUCAGCCACACCCCGAGACUACAGUCCUCCUGAUGCCCCCACCACCGACCUGAAGAUCAAAGAGGAGCCGCAUUCAGACUCUGAGAUAGAGGAGCAGAAAAUGGAGAUUAAGGAGGACGGAGAGGAGGGAGAUCAAGAGGCAAGAAGGAAGACAAAGGAGGCACAAACUUCCACCUCAUCCAGACAGUCAUCAGACUCUUCAAAGAGUCCAGCCACCACAACUGUAAAGGCAGAACCGACUAGUCCCACCCCUGGUUCUAGCCCCGCCCAUGUGGGCGGGACAGAGUCAGUUCUUCCAGGAGGAGCGAUGUUCCUGCCUCAGUACAUGUUUAACCCUGAAGCAGCCAUUUUGCCUCAGGCCUCAGAGAUACUGGCUAAAAUGUCAGAGAUGGUCCACAGCCGUCUGAAGCAGGGUCAGACGGUUCCUCAGAACAACCCAGCAGCCUUCUUCCCCUCCGGACCGACUGCACCCGCAGCCGCAGCCACCCCGCCUCACAAAGGAGCCACCUGCUUCGAGUGCGACAUCACCUUCAACAACAUCAACAACUUCUAUGCACAUAAGAGGCUGUACUGCUCCAGCAGGCACCAAGCAGACGGUGCCACCUCAGCUUCAGGCCCUGGAUCGACGAGGGACGCGGCCCCAGCCACGGUGCCCUCCGCUGGGGCACCUGGCUCGUCUGCUUCUCCUCAGGGUGGAGCGGCGAGUAGAGCAGCCUCUGCCUCCCCCGCUGACUCUGACUCUCCUGCUGGGGGAGCAACAGACUCCAGGAGAGUGGUGGAGGUGAGGACAGAAACCCCUGUGGGGAGGGAGGGAAUAUCAUCGUCUUCUGAAGGGGAAGGCGGAGGUGCAAGUGUGGGAGGAGGGGGUGGAGGAGGAAGGGCGAGCGAAGGUAGCCAGAGUCCUGCUAGUGGUUCUGCCGAGGACCUAGAGGAUGAUCCCAACAGAACCUUCUGCGAGGCCUGCAACAUCCGCUUCAGCCGUCACGACAACUACACUGUUCACAAACGCUUCUACUGCGCGUCACGCCAUGACCCAUCCAACCAGCGGGCCGUACACAUGGCCAAGGCAACCACCACAGCAGCCUUCCUCCCCCAGCCCAUACGCACACGCAAGCGGAAGAAGAUGUACGAGAUCCACAUGGCCAGAACUGAAGCCUUAGCCAACGCUGCUGCUGCUGCAGCCGCCGCCGCCGCCACUGCUGCCGCCUCCGCCCCAUCUCCCUCUGUUCUCGGCUUGGCAGUGAAGCAAGAGGUUUCUCCCAACGCGGCGGGCGGCUCCAGCCCUGAAGGAGACGGCCCCAUCGACCUGAGCAAGAGACCCCGCCUGAGAGACGUUCCCCGGCACAGCAGUAACAGUAUUCUCCCGGCCCUGCCUCUUACAGACUAUCACAAGUGCACCGCCUGCAGCAUCAGCUUCAACAGCAUCGAGAACUACCUGGCUCAUAAAACCUACUAUUGCCCCGCCACCACACUCCAGCCCCACACCUUGGAGCAGCUUCACAGGCUCAAGAGAUCAGCCUCUACCUCUCCCAAGAGCAGGCCCCAGCAGGAGCGCCCGGACCUCCUGCACCCUGUGGAGGCCAAAGCUCUCCCUGCUGAGUGGGCUGCCCAGACUCGAGGCGCGUCACCCAGUCCUCAUCCCUCUGCCUUACCCGCCUCUGAUGCCACAUCUCCCCCCCAUACCACCACCACACUCGCAGCCACCCCGGGAGCUGGAGCCAAAGGCACGGGUGCUGGUUCCCCUCAGGUGGUCUGCCCGUACUGCCCUAACAGGCCUAUCGCCUGUGACCUGAUGGAGCACUUCAGGACGACCCACAGCCUUGUUGUAAGCAUUCAGCCGCCCCAGGAGGCCCUGCCCCAGCCAGGCAGCGCUGUCAGCCACAGCCCCAGCCUUAGUCCCAGAGACGGAGCUGCUGCGACCACCUCCACGAGCCCAAACAGCCAGCCCCGACCGCUGUCCCAAGUCCACAGAGACAGCAUCAAUGGGCAGGCCAGGAGCGGAACCUCUUCUCCUGCCUCCCCUGUGGUAAACGGCAGCCCUUCACCUCGGGUUGGAUCACCUUCAGCCGGCUCACCUCUGCCUGUGUCACCCCCAAGGGCUCCCUCUAUGACUUUGUCACCUGUGCCUGAGGUCCUAGGGGAGACGGUGGGAUCGUCACACCAUCCAGACAAGGUCACCGCGACUGUGGCCUCCAAUCCCGUCCCCACGCCGCAGCCCGCCCCCGUCCCUGGUCCUAAAACCACAGUGAUCUCCCCGGUCCAGAACGGUAACUCUCGCUUCUGUCGGCUGUGCAACAUCAAGUUCAGCAGCCUCUCCACGUUCAUAGCUCAUAAGAAAUACUACUGCUCUUCCCACAGUGCCGAACACGUCAAGUGAGCUGAGUAAUCACCUUCCUCCUCUUACUCUUCCCCUUCUUUUAUCUUUCUGACUGGAGGCUUCUCCUUUACUAAGUUCCGAGAAGCUCCGACGUCCCUUUUGUGCCAGAGCGGCGCUCCACUGGCACAACUAUGAAUGACAAUGAAUGACUGUUACUCACCUGGCAGGACCUGAUGCCCAGCUGCUCCAGAGCAGGUGGUGUUACCAACAUACAGUGACUGAUAUUCCUCCUUACAUGGGUCAAAGUUUGUAGUACACUAAGAGCUGAGAUGGAUGCUACCUGUCCACACUGGCGUGCCCUCGUCCCCUAGAUCAACGUCUGUUUUCAUACCCAGUUCAACAUCCACCACUCCCGGGCCUCUCAGUAUGUUGCAUUAUGGGACGUUAAAAUAUGUAUUUCAGCAAACCUCUUUUCUGUCUCUCUGUCGGACUGAGUUUAUAAUGGUAGUAAUUAGAUUCUGACUGUUGGAGGCAUUUCUGACUGAUGAUCACGCAGCGGCGACGGCGCUGAUUAUAAUGAAUCUACCGUCUUUUCCUGAGCCCUCGAUGCUCCAGAGCUGAGCGCAGGAGGCGUCGUUCCUCUCACGUGGAAAAGACUUGAUCAUUGUUAAUUUUUUUAUUAUCUGUGCAUAGUGUAUGAUGUCUGAAAAAAAGAAUUCUAUAAUGCUUUUGGUUUCAACACUGGCUCUUUUUUGCUUACUAGAGAAGCUAAAGUGUUUUUAGCUGAAAAACAGAUGUGUUAUCACAAUGUUACUAAUUACUGAAGGAUGAUAUUUCAAAAAAAAUGGACAGUUUUUUUCCUUUUUCUUUCAUACACACAAAUUUUUAUUUUCUCUUUAAAAUGCAAGGGAGAAAAAAAAUGUGAAAUAUUUAUCUUUUAGUCCUCACUGAUUUCAUGUCAACAGAAAACUACCUACCUAGUGUCUGAGAGUAUUUGUAUUUUUUAUUUGUAUAUUUUUCAUACUGUUGGAAGGAACUGUUUGGAUCUGGCUGUGUUGAAGUGUAUUUUCUAUAUGUAGAUAUGUAAUAUCUUCUCACAGUAAUCACUCGGAUCACACUGAACUUUGUUAUCACGUUAGCAUUUUGUUGUUCUGUUUAGUUGUAGUCUUUAAUUGAUGGUGAGGUCUGAAAACCAGCGGCUUGUUUAUGUUUAUCCCCUCCUCCUGUACCUGAUCGCUGAUUAGCAACACGAUUAGAUCAGAGCGGCUUCACUUACAGCUUCACACGUCAGAAACUUGAAGCUGCUGAUACUGUUGCAUUCAUACCCCACGUUUUAGGGUACACAAAAUACACACUUUCAAUCAGAAGUCUAUCCUUAGUUUAACCUCCAUACAAUGCAAAGUAAUGACCUUUAAGGACACACAAGCUUUACAUUCUUUUGUUGCAAACUGCCAUUUCAGAUGUAUAUGAAGUGAUACGCAAAACAUUUCAAGGCUUUGGUAUCCAACACGCAUCUUAAAAGAUGUUGUCUUUCUGUUUAAUGAUUGUAUUUCUGUCCGGCGAUGAAGGCGUAGCAGGGAAUAGUCACAUCUCACUCAGUAGAGUAAGCACGUGUAAUAACCACUCGUUGUGGCCCAUGGUGUGUGUGGUAGAGAGGCUGUCCUCUUCCUCUUUCACUUUGUUGUUCUCUCACUCAUGCACACACACUCACACUCUCACACACACACACACACAUACACACAUACAGUUUACGCCACAUUUUCCCAUGCUGCUUUUGGAGUUGCAAUACAGUGUUAGCUAGAACUGUGAAAUCAUUUAUUUCUCCAACAGUGAUGGAAAAAUCUGCCGAUGUAAAGCUCAUCUUCAUUUUUAAAGGCCCAGACUUUAUUUUGAAUUGAAAGUUGAAGCCAGUAUUGCAAAUUUGUUACAAAUUUGGUCAUUUUCCUCCCACAAAUUCUCAAGAAUGAACAUUUCCCUCAGGAUUUGACUCUUUGUUAAAGUGCACAGCAUCGGGACCUUCAUGAGACACUAAAACUCCAAACUUAUUAAAUAGUAUUAGCCGUGAAAUCAGCUGUGAAAGUUUAACUGCAGAUUCUGAGGCCCAUCCUCUCACACUGAAGGGAUUUCUGUGGUCAGCAGUGGACGACACGGACCAGCUGCUCUUAGGCAUUUCUGAUAAGAUGAUAAUAUCAGCCUAACUGUACCUACAACCUACAACCACAGGACCGAUCUGAACCUCUGUCUCUUCAGCAGGAGCACUGAAGGACCCACACAUGCCCCGAAUCAUAGUCUUCACACCUCUUGUCAGCAGUGGUUGGGAGGAACAUAAUUCCACCUGUUAAAGCUGUAUCAGUUGACACAUAUAUAUAUGUAUAUAUAUAUAUAUAUGUAUUGGGGGGAUUUUCAUAAUUCCAGGUGCUUCAGUGCUACUCUGCCUAACAAACCGUGGACAGUUGCGUUCUCUCUGCAGUUUCCAUCCUCCAGUGCAUAAGUGAUCACAUUAUUUUAUCAAAGGUAUCUGCUGUACAGUUCUGACACCACCUGUCCCCAUUUGACAUGUCAUCAGAAACUCCUCACUAACUGAUUAAUGCUCCAUUCCCCCAAACUGGAAACUAAAUGUAAAAGUGCAGGAUUUCUUAACAGAAUUUAAAACCCCUGGUAGAUUUUCUGCUCUUCUGUGGUUUGGAGCAGCAAUGUACCAGACUCAUCUUACUGCUAAGUGUUUACAAUUGUGCUGGUCCAUCUCUCCCGGCUCUUAAACGGAGAGAGAAGCAGGAGAAAAGUCACAUCAACUCGUCACAAAUUGAGUGCUGGAAAAUCCCCCUUCGAACUUCUCCCUGUUUUAUUGCACUGUUGUAUAAAAAUGUGCUGAAUGUUUUAGUUUCUAGUUUUCUUUGUAAUGUAUUUAUGUUAUACAGCACUUUUCCCCAUCCAAAAUGCAUCAUUGUUCUACCUUGAAGGACGUUGUUGUACCUUGAAGAACUUUCUGAAUUUUAACCCUCGCUAAAACUUUUUAUUCCUUUUUCAUUUUAAAUAUGUUUUGUUGAUGAUUUCUCAGAUGAUGUCCACAAUGGAGGAAAUCUCAUUGAGUGUCAAAACUUUUAUUUCCUUAUUUUUUAAUUUCAUUUCAGUUCCACUACACUCUUGUCCAAACUAUGCAUGGGAAAUAAAAAAGUUCUGAGAGACAC